AUGACACUGCGAGUAAUUUGUGUCGGCGCAGGCAUAGCAGGCCUCUCUGCGGCGGUUGCACUCCGCAAACAUGUGUCAAGAAUUAUCCUCCUUGAAGCGGCUGAAGGAGUAGAGACGAUGAAUGUUCGCGCUGCGGGCAUUGCUCUACUAUCAUGCGGCUCGCAUGUCUUGAAGGAAACUCUUGGCCUCGACCCAGUUGAGCAUGUCAACGCCGUUCAACUAGAGUCGAUCAAGAUGCUGAAAUGGAAGGACGGGUCGCUUGAACGAGAAAUUCCAGCCGCCCGAAACGACUGGUACACUGUGCAUCGGGCAUCACUACUCGAUGCGCUGCGUGAAAAGGCAACGUCCUCGGUGGGAGAGGGAGCGCCAGCACGAUUUCUGUUUGGGAAGAAAGUUGUCGCCGUAGAUGUCGAAGCCGGCAAGGUCACAACUCAUGAUGGUUCAACCUAUGAAGCUGAUCUCAUUAUCGGCGGCGAGGGCGUGCGCAGCAUCACCCGUAAAGCCAUUGUCGCAGAAACCACCGUCCAGCCAUCAGGACUGAGCGUUUACCGCUGGAUAAUGAGCCCUUCCAGCUGGGAGCAUCUUUCCGAAAAGCACAAGACAGUCCUGAAUCCCCUCGUUGGACCGAACGCAAGGCACCUCUGCGUGAUAGACUCCCCGGACAAGCGGCUCGUUCUGUACCGCUGCCACACAUCAGGCUUGCUAAACGGCGCAUUCACCGUACCAGAUUACUUCCUCCCCAACACAUCCGAGGACUGGGCCUACUCUGGAUCCGUCGAUCACCUGCGCCCCUUAACAGAGGACCUCCCUGAGCCGAUGAGAAACCUGAUGAGAUGCGUAUCAUCCUGCGGGCUAUGGCAGCUGCGGAAGCAAGCGCCCCUGCGGACGUGGAAUAAAGGAAAGGCAAUCAUCCUCGGCGACGCGGCCCAUCCCAUGCUGCCCUUUCAAGCCAUGGCUGGCUCGCUGGCAAUGGAAGACGCAGAAGCACUGGCGUAUCACUUGAACGAGGUUGGAUGGCAGGCCGAUCGGGUACCUGAGGCGUUGUCCCAGGUGUUCUGUACUCGAUUUCUACGGUGCUCGUUGAUUCAGCACUUUGCCAACAACAGUUCUUUUGGGAAUGAGUUUAUGGAAGAGGCGGAGCGGUGGUCGUUGGAGAGGGCGGGUAGGAAUGGUGAUGACAUGGUGCCUGUUUCGAAGGCGGUUGAUGAUGUUGUGCAGAGGGAUAUUGCGAAGAAGGUUGCUGAGACGGUUGCCAAGGUGGAUGUGCGUGCGGCAUCGGGUUGGAUUACGAAUUAUAAGUUGCGGGAGUUUUUGGAGAAUGGGGGGGAGUAUAUAUUGGAGAGGCCGUAUGUUUAG